UAUCGUUAUUCUCAUGCUAUUCAGAUUUCUGUUAAAAUAAUUCUUGAUUUAUUUCAAACUGUGUAAAAUGGAAAGAGUUGGAUUAUUUGAUCUCGAAUGGGAUUUAGAAGAAGAAAUAACUGAAGUAAAAGUCGAGUUUACUCCAACAAUUAUUGAAGAAAAUGUAUCAGAAAUAUUGGGUAACAAGAAUUCUUGUUAUGAUGGGAAAAAUUAUGAAAUUGCAAAUAUUGGAAGCCCCGCACUUGUAAGUUCCUCUCUUAAAUCUGUUCCAAGGCCAAAGAGAAAGUACAUGAGGAUUCCCUGCGAAUGUGAAGUUUGUGGAUUAAUUUUAUCUUCAAAACCAAGUUACUGUUCCCAUCUGAAUACACAUUUAGUUGAUAAAGCCUACAAAUGCCAGUUUUGUCCAAAAUCUUUUGCACAAAAGGAAGGUUUGACUAUUCAUACAUUUGUACAUACUGGUGUAUAUGCUUAUAAAUGUGAUUUUUGUGAUAAGCAGUUCAGAAGCAACUGGGGGAAAGUGCUACACAUUCGAAGCCACACUGGAUACAAGCCACACAUUUGCCAAAUUUGUGGUAGAGCUUACUCUGGAUCUGGUGAUUUAGGAAAACAUCUACGAUCACAUGCAAAUAUAAGACCAUAUAAGUGUGAACAAUGCAGCAAAGCAUUCUCAAAUUCCUCUAAAUUAAAAAUUCACAUGGCUGUGCAUUCAAAUGAAAAGCCAUAUAAAUGUAAAGAUUGUGGAAAAUGUUAUAAGACCAAGAAUAACUUGUAUGUACAUGGGAAGACUCACACAAGCUCUAAAAUAUACUCAUGCCCAAUCUGUCAGAAAACAUUUACGAAGCAUUUGAACUUCGUAGCACAUUUUAAGGUACAUUCUGAUGAAAGACCAUUUCCCUGUGGAAUUUGUGCAAAGUCUUUCAAAUGUUCAGGAGAUCGUCAGAAACAUGUGAAGGAAGUACAUACUAAUAAGCGACCACAUAAAUGCAAACUUUGUGAAAAAUCCUACAAAAGAUCUUCGCAUUUGAAAGGCCAUAUUACAAAGCAACAUGUAGGAAUCAAAAAUUUUGAAUGUGAGAUCUGUCAAAAGAAGUUUUUUGAAAAAUACUCGCUCAGUCUGCACAUGAGAGCUCAUUUAAAUGAGAAGCCAUAUUCAUGUCUAAACUGUAAUAAAUCUUUUGUAGAUAAACCACAAUUAAUGAUUCAUCAAAGAAUUCACACAGGUGAAAAACCAUAUGAAUGCAAAGAAUGUGGGAAGAGAUUCAGACAAAGUAAUCAGUUGAAAUCCCAUCAAAACAGGCACAAGUUGGAGAAGACAGGCGAAAAGCCAUUUAUCUGUACAAUAUGUGGGAAAGCAUUCGCUCUAAAACAAUAUUUAGAAUUGCAUUUAAAGAUCCAUACAGAUGAUAAACCAUAUUCAUGUGAAUUAUGUGGGAAAUUGUUUCGAGAUAAAAGUAAUUUGAAAACUCAUAUGAGAGUUCACACUGGAGAAAAACCGUAUCAAUGUCAAAACUGUGGGAAAAGUUUUUCACAGCAAUCGAAUAUCAAAAUACAUAUUAAUAGACGAGUAUGCUUCAGGAAAAGAAGAAGAAUAGCAAAAUCUAAAAACAAUAUGGAGAGAGUUGGAAUAUUUGAUCUUGACUGGAGUUUUGAAGCAGGAAUUACUGAUGUCAAAGUCGAGUUUACACCAAUAAUUGUUGAAGAAAAUGCUUCAGAAAAUAUGAAUACCAUGAGUGCUUGUCUAGAUGAAGCUGAUUUUGGAAUCGGAUUUGAUGUCAACUCAUCCAUUUUCAAGGAUGUAGAAAGUUUCUCAAAAGCUAUCCAGAGGCCAAAAGAAAAGCGUAAAAGAAAUCAAAGAGAAUGUGAUGUUUGUGGGUUUGUUUCAGCUACAAAAUCAUGCUACUGGUCCCAUAAACAAACUCAUUUAAUUGAUAAAGCCUACAAAUGCAAGUAUUGCACAAAAUCAUUUGCGAAAAAAGAAAGUCUUAUUAUGCAUACGUUCAUACAUACUGGAAAAUAUGCUUAUAAAUGCGAUUUCUGCAAUAAACAAUUUAGAAGCAACUGGGGUAGAAAUCUUCACAUUCGAACCCACACUGGAUACAAGCCACAUGUUUGCCAAAUUUGUGGUAGAGCUUACUCGGGAUCUGGUGAUUUAGGAAAACAUUUACGAGCACAUGCAAAUAUAAAACCAUAUAAAUGUGAACAUUGCAGCAAAGCAUUCUCAAGUAAUUACAAAUUAAAACUCCACAUGACUGUACAUUCAAAUGAAAGGCCACAUGAAUGUGAAGAAUGUGGGAAAAAGUUUAAGACUAAAGAAAGCUUGCGUGCACAUGUGAAGACUCACACAAGUUCAAACAUAUACUCAUGCCCAAUCUGUCAAAAAUCAUUUACGAAGCAUUUUAACUUUGUAUCUCAUUUUAAGGUGCAUUCUGAUGAGAGACCA